CAGUGGAGUUGCAGAGUCCCCAUCGAAUACAUCGUUUUGUUCAACAGGAGACCAUCGGUGUGAGUCUGUUCAGUUCAAGUCGUUCCAAAGUCCAUCUCGAUUUAUUGCAGUCACUUUUCUUGAGCUGCACAAUAGCCGUAUUCUAGUUAUACGUUCAAUAGUACAAGAGAAAUUUGUUUCUUUUUAAUAAGUUCUACUGCUGUGAACGCUGUGAACCAGGUCAAGUGAAACUGAAAUCAGCGAAUUACCGAGAGAAUGGUAUCUGCUACCGAAAAUCAACUUCGCUAUGAUGGCCGCGUUGUGGUCGUCACAGGCGCCGGGGCCGGAUUGGGCCGAGAGUAUGCCCUGCUGUUUGGAUCACGUGGUGCCAAAGUGGUAGUAAACGAUUUGGGCGGUAACUUUCACGGACAAGGAAAAUCCAAUGCAGCCGAUGUUGUUGUGGAAGAGAUUCGUUCGGCCGGUGGAACCGCCGUGCCCGAUUACAAUUCCGUUGUCGAUGGUGAAAAAAUUAUCCAGACUGCGAUGGAAGCAUUCGGUAGGAUCGAUGUACUGAUCAACAAUGCAGGAAUCCUGCGGGAUCGGAGUCUCGCUCGCAUUUCCGAUGACGAUUGGAAUCUGAUUCAUGAUGUGCACAUGAAGGGAAGUUUCAUGACCACCAGGGCUGCCUGGCCGAUCAUGAAGAAACAGAACUUCGGUCGCAUUAUUAUGACUUCGAGUAACUCCGGUGUUUAUGGAAAUUUCGGCCAAGCAAACUACAGCGCGGCUAAGUUGGGCCUGGUGGGAUUGGCCAAUACGGUUGCCAUAGAGGGGGAAAAGAACAACAUCCACUGUAAUGUGAUUGUACCAACGGCAGCAUCCAGGAUGACGGAAGGAAUUUUACCUGAGAUCCUGUUUAACGAAUUGAAACCAAAACUAAUCGCUCCGGUUGUUGCAUAUCUGUGCCACGAAUCCUGCGAAGACAAUGGAACCAUCAUCGAGAGUGCGGCUGGUUGGGCAACGAAGGUACACUUUGUGCGAGGAAAGGGCUCCGUUUUGCGAACAUCGAUCGAUGAGGAUGUCACUCCAGAGUACGUCCGUAAUGUUUGGAACAAGGUGACCGAUAUGUCUGGCGCGAAGCAUCUGAACGCCAUCGGGGAGGCAAGCCUAUCUCUAGUCGAUGUGCUGGAAAAGCUGCGUGAAGGAAAAUCGGCAGAGAAUUCCGUUACCGAAACCUACAAGUUCAAUUACAAGGACGUUGUUCUUUAUGCCUUGGGCGUCGGUGCGACGGUCACCGAUCAAAGCGAUCUGCGUUUCCUGUAUGAAAAUCAUCCGGAUUUCUCGGCACUUCCCACUUUCUUCAUUCUUCCUGGUCUUUUAUCAGUGAUGGGUUCUGAUCUAACCGCCAAGGCUAUUCCGCAUGCCAAUUUUGAUUUGACAAACAUUCUGCAUGGUGAGCAGUACAUUGAGUUGUUCGACUCAGUCCCAACGGAUGGUGUGUUGACAACGACGAGCUCCGUACUCGAUGUUCUGGAUAAGAAGUCCGGCGCUUUGGUCAUCACGCAAUCUGAAUCGUUCGACGAGAACGGUUCUUUGGUAGCACGGGGCCAAAGCAGCACAUUUGUUGUCGGCGCAGGCAACUUCAAUGGAAAAUCGAAACCGAUUCCCGAGGUCAAAGCCUUGGCCGCCAAUCCGAAACGUUCGCCUGACGCUUCAGUUCAAGUCAAGACCAGUAAGGAUCAAGCGGCUUUGUACCGAUUGUCCGGCGAUUUGAACCCACUGCACAUCGAUCCGAGCUUCUCCGCUAUCGCUGGGUACAAAACGCCAAUUCUGCAUGGCCUUUGCACAAUGGGCAUUUCCGUGAAAGCAGUUCUCAAGCAAUAUGGCAACGACGAUUCCAACUUGUUCAAAGCAGCUAAAGUGCGUUUCUCAAAGCCAGUAUUGCCAGGUCAAACGCUGCGUGUCGAUAUGUGGAAGGAACCAAACAAUCGAGUCUGCUUCCGCACGGUUGUGGUCGAUACCAACACGGAGGUCCUUUCCGGUGCUUACGUUGAUUUCAAGAAGAUUGUCCUGAAGCCAAAUAUGACCGCUGGAAAGAGCCUACAGAGCGAUGCCGUAUUUGCCGGCAUCAACGACCGAGUUACGGAAAACGAGGCAAAGGCCAAGGCCAUCAACGCGGUGUUCCUAUACAAGAUUACCGAUGGCGGUAAAGUUUCCAAGGAGUGGGUGCUGGACUUGAAGAAUGCUAAGGUGUAUGAGGGCCCGAUCCAGGGCAAGGCCGACACCACGAUGACCAUUUCCGACAGCGAUAUGGUUGAUCUGGCGCUUGGAAAACUGCAACCACAGGCUGCCUUCAUGAAGGGAAAACUGAAGAUCACCGGAAACAUCAUGCUAGCGCAAAAGUUGGCUCCGCUGCUGAAAACGGAAGCUAAGCUGUAAAAAGCGCGCUGAUCAAUAACGUCCUUUUUGGCGCCGUACUAACGAGUAACAUUCUUUUUGUUAUCUAAUGGUGAUAUGACUGGUUUGUUUCGCAUUUUCACAAAGUCUAGCAUUAAGCUAUAAAAUAGUAUUUUACGCACCAACAGAAAAUCCAUAUGGUGAAUUAUUAUUAUUUCUAUAAAUUUGAGUGGAAGAGGGGCAAUAUUGAAACAAUUGUAAAAACGAAA